AACGCGCUGUCGUCCUCGUGGCGGUGCUGGAUUUUUACUGUUAUUUGCCACAAAAUAUUCUUUCUCAUACUUUUCUAUUUCUCAUCCUGUAUGAUCUUAAACCCUCUCAACUGCAAAAAAAGUUUAAAUUAAAAAAAUCAGAAUAAAGUUGCUGAAAUUUAAUAAAGCUUCCUCAAACUAGAAUGAUUCACCUCUUCCUUUGGCGUCUGAUCUCCGCCAUUCCUUUUUUCCCUUAGUAGUUGGGACAGGCGUAUGUUUCUGAGUGCUCUGGAGGCUGCAAACUUGCAAAGCUUGUCUACAGACUCAAAACUUUGUGGAGAUGACAAUGGCCUCCGAGCUUGUGAAUAUUGCAACAAGUGACAAACUAACUGAGGUUGACUGGGCAAAAAACAUCGAGAUUUGUGAAAUAGUUGCUCAUGAUCAGAGGCAGGCAAAGGAUGUGAUGAAGUCGAUAAAAAAGCGCUUGGGUAGUAAAAGUCCAAAUGCUCAACUGUAUGCUGUUAUGCUGCUAGAGAUGUUGAUGAACAAUAUUGGUGAGGCUGUCCAUAAGCUGGUGAUUGAAGCAGGCAUUCUUCCUAUUCUGGUCAAAAUUGUGAAGAAAAAGUCUGAUUUACCUGUGCGAGAAAGGAUAUUCCUUCUUCUAGAUGCCACACAGACAUCAGUUGGUGGAGCAACCGGAAAGUUUCCACAAUACUAUAAUGCUUAUUAUGAGUUGGUGAGUGCAGGAGUAAAGUUUCCUGGAACUGUAAGGCCCCAUCCAGUCUCGUCUGACCAUAACUCCUCUGGUGCAAACAAUAGCAAUUUGACUAUCGGAAGCAUUGCCUCGGCAAGCGAAAGGACCACUAAAAGGGAAGAAUCUCAGCCUGCUCCUGGGUCCAGUAUAAUUGAGAAAGCUAAAGCAGCAAUGGAAGUUCUAAGAGAAGUUUUGGAUGCAGUCAAUGCUCAAAAUCCCGAGGCCGCAAAGGAUGAGUUCACUCUUGAUCUUGUGGAGCAAUGUUCAUUUCAAAAAGACAGAGUAAUGCACCUUGUGAUUUCAUCCAGAGAUGAGAAAUUGGUCUCUCAGGCUAUAGAGUUGAACGAACAGCUCGGCAGGAUUUUGGCAAAGCAUGCAGCUCUGCUUUCAGAAGAGCCUGCAUCAACAGCUAAAGCUCCUGCAACUCCUAAGCAACUCACUCUAUCGUUGAACGAUAAUAAUCACAUGGAUAGUGCCGUUUGUGUACCAAACCAUAAUAUGGCUAGGGGGGGCUCUUGGGCAUCAAAUCAUAAAAAUCAUGCUGGUCAGCUAAAUCAUAUCAAUCGUACAGACCAUGAAGAAACAGAUGAAGAAGAGGAGGCAGCUCAGCUUUCUCGUAGGAUUCGGAAAGGAAAAGCACUUGUCAGGCCUGAAGAUGAAGAAAGUGCACAAGGGAGGCCCUUGGGAUUGCAGGGAAUUUCCAUGCCAACUGAAACUUUGCAUCGUCCUCUUAUAAGACCUUUAACUCUCGAAUCACCAUCCCGUGAGCUGACGGUGCCUCCUUUGAUCCCUCCCCCACCUGCAAAACAUGUUGAGAGGGAAAAAUUCUUCCAGGAGAAGAAGGGAGAUGGCGCUUCUUUAUCAGGCCAUAUGAGGGGUCUUUCAUUACACAGUCGCAAUGCUAGUAAUAGCUCAUACAAUGGGAGCAUAGGCUCUAGUGAGUGAUAGUAGCCCACUCUUUGAGUAUAUUUAUUAUAUGUUAUGCGGCUUUUACAGUUGAAUAUUGAUGUUAUCUCAUAUGGAAGGAAAGAGAUCUUUCAUUGUUGUUCUGGGUUUGGUUGAGUGCGUCUGAAGCUAUGUGUGGACAUACAGGUGUAUAUGUAUGAAGCUAUAUAUGUGGACAUACAGGGUCUGUUGGUGGCGAUGAUUUCUGUAUACUUGCUUUUGUCGGUUUAGGUAUCAGGUUUCCUGUAGUAAAGCAUUUUUAGGAUGUGUUUGUAAAUGAGUUGUUUCUUCAUGUUCGAUAUGUAUAUCUAUACCUGAAUGAAUGUAACAGUUAUUUUAUUUAUUAUAAGAAUAUACUUUUUUUU